AUGAAAACGAAAUUCUGGUCUGCGAAAUGCCUUUUAGGCGAAAAAACUAUACAAGGUAGAUUAAAAUAUUUAGUAAAAUGGGGAGGUAAAAAUAGAAAUGGGGAAGUUUGGGAACCGACUUGGGAGCCACCAUGUAAUAUUUCCAAUGAUUUAAUUAUGGAAUGGAAUUCAAAAAAACAUUCAAUGAAAAAUUUUGGCAAUUCAGAAAAAAAUCGAAAACUUCGUAGAAGAUUAUCUGCAAGUACCAUUAGUGAUGAUGAGUUAGAUACAAGGGAAAUAAAAAGACGAAAUGUUGUUAAAGCCUCGAGUGUUGAAGAUAAUAUAGAUUCAAGUAAAAUGGAAACCUCAACAAAUGAUGAUAGUGAUGAUGGUGCUCUGACAUGCAAUAGUUAUUUGCCAAGCACACCUUUGCUGAUUUCUGAAUGUGAAUCAAUAUUAAAUGAUAAAUCAGCAGAAUUUCAACCAAACCAAACUUUUUUAAAAAAAUUUCAUGAACUUGUUUCGAAUAUAGAAGAUGAUAAUAAAAUUUAUGCAAAUUAUAAACAAGCUAUUGCUGUAAAGCAUCAACAGAGGAAAGAUUAUGGAAAGAUUUUUGAUGACUGUAAAAAUCUUAUUGAAUAUUUAAAAUCAUCAAAUGACACAUUAAAUAAAGAAAAAAAUGUCAUAAACGCAAAAUUGGAAAAAGAAAUAAAAAAAGGAGAUUCAAAUGUAGAACUUUCCAUGAUAAAACUGGAAAGUUUACAAGAAGAAUACAACAGUGAUUGUGAUGAAAUUAUAUUAGAUAAUGAAGAAACACCAAGCAAAAAUCUUGAAAAACAAAGCAAAGCAAAACUCAAGGAAAUUUACAACCUUAGAAAAGUUAUAAAUGAUUUGAAAGAAGAUAGAGAUGGAUAUAUAAAAACAAUAGAUAGUUUUAGAGACAUCACAUCACCAAAUUCUGAUUCAAAAUUCUCAUCUGAUGAGCAUGCAGAACUUAUUUCUUCAAAAAUACUUUAUGCAAUGUUAGAACAAAAUAUUAAAUUGGAAAAUGAAUCAAUUAAACAACUAUAA